GUUGAUUUAAAAAAAUGAUGCAGCUUCACUACCCAGUACUAGAGCUGUCUCGCAACCACGUAAGAAAAUUCGUAUUCGUUUUGCCGGGAUUCUUCUCUGUAUGCGAAUGCGUCAGGAAUACUCUGUUACUUCUUGUAUUUUCAUCAUGCCUUCUGUCAUCUAUUUGCCCUUCAAAUCUAUGCCUCUUCUGUCACGCGUGGAAGCUUUCUUUGCAACGUGUCGCUCAUUACAAUGACACGUCCUACAAGAAGGACGUAUGCUCAGUCACGGCUUUCCUCGACCCUUCGUCCAUUCUCCCGGAUGCUGCCCAAGGGAAACCGCCGCCUCCACUCUGUCUUGGCCCAACUCAGGACAACAAACUUCACCAGCUCUACGACCUCACAUGCACGAAGUGUCCAUAUUUCCUCCAGUCUUCUGUGGUCUCCGCACAGCCAGCGUUGGAGGAAAAUGGGCCUUGGGUCCAGCGGUCAGAAGAAUACGACCUACGCCCAACUCUGGAUGGCUGCCAGUUUGACGAUGAACUCGCUCUCUUGGCGCGCGAGGUCUUUCCGGAAUUGGGCGAAAAGCUCGGUAUAUCAGUCGCUGUACUGGCGCCACUGCAUUUAGCGAGCGAAGUGGAACUGCUGAAUGUGCACAACCGGAUGUUCUACAAUUACGGCUCAACUUUCAAUGGUACUCGCUCGCACGCACUACAAAAAAAAAGGUCACCAAUUAGAUUGGAGUUGUUCACUGGUGAGAUCGCAGAGGCGACCCCUUCUUAAGAGAACCAACAGGGGAAAUAAACGAAGCGAAUGAUUGGGGAGAGCUUUGAGGGGGGUCUCUCUCGUUCAGAGUCAUGAUGACCAAUUUUUAGUACUGAGCUGGCUCUAAUACAGGCCAAGCACCUUUGGGGGAGCGCAGGUGGCGGGAAAUUUGGAAGCGAAUAAGGUGAUAGCGGAAUGGAGCGAUGAUAUGCUGAGACGACAACUCUUGGAACGUCGAACGCGUCUUGGGUUCUGUGAGACGAGCUUCCUAGCCGUCUGGGCGUUGGUGGCGCAGUGGUAUCUGGUGCGUGUCUCUCCUGGGUAUUUGGCACAGGAAUACAUUUUUCUGGAUGGAGGUCACCUUUUCACCGAAGAUGAGGCCUUCUCUGUGCUGCAGCCGUGGCCUUUGAGUCAUCGGGCAAUACCUCUGCGGAUGAACUUCUACCCGUUUUUAUGAGUGCGUUUGAUAGAAAGAGAAACUAGAACUACAUGUUCUUGUUCAGAUCGCCUUACCACCGUGGAAACUUCUGUAGAAUGAAAGUUGUUUUUAGAUCUACUCUUGAGUUGUACAUAAUCUUCGCUUCCAAUAUCAUAUGCACUAUAAACGUAAACUUUCUCCACCUUCAUACCCAACCCGUGGCGGCUGCUGUGAUCCUGCUGUCUGCUCCUCGAAUAAGCUCGUCUUACGGGUUCAGACGCAUCCUCGGUGUGGUAUGCAGUUUUCAGAUAGAACGCUGACAACCCUGUGCCGUGCACGGUUUGAUGAGGAAGAGAUGACAUCAAGUCCUGUCGUGGAGGCUGCUACUCCGAGUAGGAGUACGAGUUCGCGCAAAAGCAGAAGACUACCGCUUCCCGAGUGUCCUCCCGCGCCAACGUCGGUCGUCGAUAUAGCUGCACAGCUGGCAGAGAGGAUGCAGCAAAGAGGAGAGGCUGUUGAAGAUGAGAAAAGAGAAAAAGCAAAAGCACACCUUGAGAACAAGUACGAGUAUCGCGUUCUACGCAAUCAGUGCUCCUACGAAAGCGGGUUAUGGGCGGAACCUAUGGCGGAUAGGUUCAAAUGCAUGACCACUACGAUCGGAGUGAGACUGAAUAUGCGUCCAGGGGAAAGGGUCUUAGACUACGGGACGGGCUGUGGGCAUAUGCUCACUUGGUUCUCCAAAUUUUUCGGUGUUCGUGGACUUGGCGUAGACAUUUUGCAUCCUGCGAUAACUUGGGCUAAACAGUGGAGUGUGGGCAGGUAUUGUCAUGUUGCGGAAGACCACGAUGCUGAGCAGGACUCUCAGCAGCUAGAGAAAACAGCUGAAAAUGACGGCCACAACUCCACCAAAACCAUGUUUUCGACACCUCCGUUGUUUUCCUACUUUCCACCAGAAAGCUUCGAAUACAUUGUCAGUUGUGGCGCUUUGAUCCACGCAAAAGAUGCCUGUGGACAGCUGAGACGGUUACUGCGAAGUCUCACAGUAGGUGGCAAAGCUUGGUUUGGCUGCAUGCCAAUGUUGACGGAUGAGGAGAAAAGGAAAAAUUUGUAUAGUGGAGCAGGAGAGAAGAUAUUGAAGACUUCUGAGGCUCUACUUGAAGUAGCAAGCGAAGAUGGAUCAACUACAACAAUUACAACGUCUUCCAGCAUAAGAGACAACCUCACAGGACUCCUAACGGAUGAUGAAAAGGACAGCCCGGCAGCUGGCCCGGGAGAUGUCGAGAAGCCUUCACCAAAGCGUGUUACCUAUGCUGCCUCACAGUUAACGCAGAAGGAAUGGAUCCAGUGCGUAACGGACAAUUCUUGGAGUCCCAACCACGUCUACACAGCCUUCGCAGUGCAGGAUUACAUCCUAUUCGACGGCGACUCAGAAAUGUACGCUCUAGAACAUGCGCAAUCAAAGGAGCCUGAAUGGUUUUCCAUGACAGGAGAACACUUCUCGCUUUUGAUAGAGAAGAAGUCGUGAAGCAGUGAAGAAGCAAGUUAUUUUCAAACUCCAAUCGCAAUGAUCCAAGAUGAAGAUGAUUUAAGGGUCGGAGCAGCUUUUCAGUAGCUGGAGGAGCAGAUUUUCAGUAGCUGGUAGAUGAUAAGGGACGAUGAAUCGGGGCAGCUUUUCAGUAGCUGGAGGAAAAUACGCCUUUCUUGCUAUCAUACUUGUGUCGGUCAACUAACUUUUAUAGAGGAAACACAGACAUCAAAAAGUGAAUUUUCUGUUGUAUGAUACAACUUGUAUGAUCCUCGGAUCUAGUCGGUUUUCUUUGCCCGACGUGCAGAU